AUGGUUCAGGCUGGUCUGGGUUCUCCGGAAAUCCCGGAGCGCGAGCGUCACAUGGACAAAAGCUGCUCGCCGAGUCUUGCAGAAUCCAACUACGCGCUGCUCGAAAGCCAUGUUGGAUCCAAACUCAAGAGUCAGUUCACACCCGUUCAUCACCAAAGUUCCGCUAAUCAAGACUGGGAUAUCAACGAUAACAAUGUGCCAAAAGUUACUUCGUUCGAUGUCUAUGACGAGUGGGCCGACAGCCACUGUCGUUUCGUGUAUCGCGCCGAUUGCGAAGAAGCUCGACGUCAUUCCUCAGGCUGGGCCAUGAGGAACACGAACAACCACAACGUACACAUUCUCAAGAAAAGCUGCUUAGGAGUUUUAGUUUGUGAUAAACGCUGCAUCACGGCGAACGGUCCCGUUCACUUGCGACCCGCCAUUUGCGACAAAGCUCGCAAAAAACAACAAGGUAAACCGUGUCCCAACAGAGGGUGCCCAGGAAGACUUGAAGUCCUUGCAUGCAAGGGUCACUGCGGUUAUCCGGUCACACACUUCUGGAGACACACGGAACAUGCAAUUUUCUUCCAAGCCAAAGGAACCCAUGAUCAUCCACGACCGGAGCCGAAAGCCACAGCUGAAGCUCGUCGAUCUCUUCGCGUAGCCAAACGCGGCUAUUCGUCACUCGAGAGCUCGCGCUACGCCACGCAGCAUCUCUCAAUCAAAGACCAUCAUCGUGGAUACCAGCAAUAUCCGGCGAAUGUAUUGGCCGCGAACGGGCCCAGCGCCACGUGGACAACGACGACUUCAGAAGUUGACUAUGAGCUGCACUUGAAAGUUUCUCGAAUCGAAAGAUUGAGCAUGGUCAACACAAUGACGGGAAACGGCCAGAUUCCAACCCUGCCCUGCAUGUGUCCCCCAUACGAAUGUGUGUGCGGAUAUCAAGCUCCCUCGAAGAAGCGCUACGGGAACCAGAGCUCUUAUUCUCGCCCGCCCAUGCCCCCUCCCCAGAAGCAAGCGCCGGGCCCCGUUGCCAACUACGAGUUCAACUCGAUGCUGCCAUCCUCGUUCGAAGUUUACCAGGCGCCAGUCGAAAAGUUCCCAGAAUACACAGGCUCGACGGGAGGGGAAUCCAACGAUCGAUCGAGCGAGGAUAGCGACAAGCAACUAGUCUCCGCCACGCAAAAGCAUGAUUUCAAGCUUUGGAACGAGCCCCCCAAUCCCAUGCAGCACGCUGACCCGCUCCAACAUCAUCUCGAACAGUACCAGCCCACGAGCCAUACAGCGCAUACGUCUUCAUCGUCGCAGAUCGUGAAACAAGGGGGUCCGCUCCAUUGCCAGAAUCCAUACGUGAGCACGCUCGAUGAAAACGACCACAGCCAGAGAUAUUACUCUGGCUUCGAUAGCAUGAUGCAGGAGGACCCGGCGACUUCGUCUCAACUCAUGCAGCAACAUUGGGCGGACUGGCGGCUCAACUCGGGAGAGUAUCAUUCAUAUUACCAAGAACGGGCUGGCUACCACCAGAAUUACGAUAUGGGCUCGCGAGUCCCUCUCGUCCCAUCCCACCCGGGCAUGAGCUCCGUUGGAUUCCAACAUGGACCCGCUCUGAUGCCGCCUUCGAUGAAUGAAGUUCCUACGCUUGCCAGACUCUAG